CCGGCGAUAUAUGUAAGUUGAUCUCCGUUUCUAUGUGAUCAUCUCAUUUCUGAAUUCUGAAUAGUUCUAUGCGAUUCAUUCGAAGAUUAGAGUAGAAAACGUAUAAAUUCGUGUAAAUUGAGUUUGUUUUUGUUGGUUAGUUUUGUGUUUGUUCAGUUUUCGCUUUGAAUUUUCAGUCUGUAUCUAGAAUCGGAAUGGGGUGUAAAAGAGAGAAGCAUAUCAGUGCCAAUCGGAGGAACCGAUCGGCGAAACCCGAACCGGAGGAAGGGAGCAGCAAUAACAACACAGGCAAUGCUGUAGAAAGGGCUCCGCUAUCUAAGUCCAUCAUGGAAUCCGGGAUCAAGCCUUUGAGUUGUUUUAUGGGAGGUCAUGAUUCUGCCCAGAACACAAACCCUAGCCUGACUCCCAGCGUUGGGCUUGAUAGCAGUGGGUGGGGUUACUGUGCCGGGGAAGGUUGAAUGCCCGAAGAAGUUCAAUUUUAGUCCUGUAAUGAAAUCACUCUUGAAGAGGAAUGUUGCAACUUUGGAUGCUGGAUUUAGGUUAAGCUACAUGAGAAAUAUACAAAAUCAGUCAGAGGCAACCUCAAGCCUUUUGCCUUCUGUGUAUUCCGAAUCCCAGAAUUCAGAAAACCAAGAUGUUGUCAACGAUGUGUUAAGUAGAUUUCCUUAUUUACAUCUUGAUGAGCGUACAGAGCAUGGGGAUGGGCAUCCCCAGAUGGAUAAAGACGAUGAAAGUAUUGUGAGUUUGAUCCAUCAAAUCAAGGAUCUUGAGAGGCAGAGAAAGGAGCAGGAGGAAUGGGCACAUCAAAAAACAGUUCAAGCUGCAAGAAAAUUAAUGGAUGACUUAACUGAGCUUGAGAUGCUGAGGAUGGAAUUGGAGGAGACCCAAAGUCUGAAGAAGGGUAAGCAUACCAUCGAGGACAAGCUCACAGAAGUGGAGAGUGUUCUCCGUAAAGCAAGUUGUGAAGUGGACCGUGUCAAAUCUGCUGUGAGAAAGCAUGAGACUGAGAAUGCAGAAAUUAAAGCAGAAAUCGAAGCAUGUAAACUGAGUGCAUCAGAAUCUGCAGCAGCUUCUAUGGAGGCUGCGAAGAGGGAGAAGAAAUGGAUGAAAAGGAUUUCAGCUUUGGAGAAACAAAAAUCUAAACUUCAGGAGGAUAUUGCAGCUGAGAAACAGAAGUUUUCAGACUUUGCAGAGCAGCUGGCUCAGGGUGAGGCAGAUCAAAAGAAAGCUGAGGAAGAGUGGUGCAAGGAACAGGAAGCCAAGGAGGUAGCCCGGACCCAAGUAGAGGAAGAACAGAAGUUCAAAGAGGCUGCCGAGACUGGUAACAAAAGGAAGCUGGAGGCUCUGCGCCUCAAGGCAGAAAUGGACUUCCAGAGGCAGAAAGAUGACAUCCAACGCCUUGAACAAGAUCUUCCAAUGCCGAAAUCAUCCGAGAUGAAUGCCCAUGGAGACGUCGCCAGGUUGAUGCAUGAAUUAGACAACCUGGAGAAUUCUGCAGAGAAGGAAGUUGGGUGUGAUAGGGAAUGCGUUCUCUGCUUGAAGGAUGAAGUGUCUGUUGUCUUUCUCCCCUGUGGUCACCUAGUUGUGUGUGCCAACUGCAACAAGAGCUACGGGAAGAAGGGCAGAGCUGCAUGUCCAUGCUGUUGCGUCCCUAUUGAACAGAGAAUUCGUGUCUUUGCCAUGAAAAGUGGUGCAAGAAACAGGCAGCUUCAAUGA